AUAUAUAUAAUUAUCAAGUUCCAAAACUUAUAUAUAUUUUACCUACAUCAAUUACUUCAUGAUCAGUAUAUCAACAUGCCAAGAGGAGCUUUAAGUAAAUUCCAGAACGUAUUUUUUCACCGUGUGAUAUUGCUGUUGGUUACCGGAAUAACCCUUUGUUUGGUGCUAUUUUUAGUAAGAAGAAGACACGUGAUGAAAGGUAUAGAACAAACAAACAAUGAGAGAUUUAAUAUGAAGGACAUACGAAUUAAACCGAUUGAGGGUUUGAAGGAGGAAGACAUUUUCUACCCUUCCACGACGUUUUCCUGGCUCCCUUCUACCUUUACCAGUCCCUUGGUGUCUUGGAGCACUACAACACAACCCUUUACUACAGAGGGUACACAGAUACAAUCUAAGAGGGCACAAGACGACAAAUCUGAUAAAAAUGGAAAUGAAAUCGAAGACAGCGACGUCCAAAACACAUUACGUGGUCAGCUGACGAAAACGAUCUCAAGUAGUUCUAAUACGCAGCAAGGAAAUAAAAGUCCGGAUUCUGGCGUAAAAUCGAAUGAAGACGGACGAAAAGAUAAAAUACCGAUAAUUUCUGAAGCAAGUAAAUCUAAAAACAUGGUAAAUGAAAAAAUCGGGUCGAAAGACAAGGUAUUUGCCAACAUGCAGAGCAAAACAAAGCUGAAAAAAGCAGCGUGAAUCAACCAUCAAAGAAUACAAUUUCUGCUCAAAGUUCUAGGAUUGUAUCCAACACGCGAAGAGUCGGAUCUAAGUAAGCCAAUACAUCAAUGGCAAAUAAAGGGAUAUAAUUAGGAAAGGAUAAAUACAUGCAAAUUUAGUCUCAUCAAAGUCACGUGACCUGAGGAGGAAGCGUUGAAAAUUGACCAACCAAAAAACGCAUAGCAGUUGCCAUAACAACUGAUAACACGUGACUGGGAUUUCAACGUGGUCAUUGGUUCAAAAGAAAAUGUUGCGUGAUGGAAGUCAUGGGGAAAGAUUACGCUAUGUUUUAGAAAUACUUGUAUGCAUGGCCAGAGGUUCAAAGAAGAAACGUCAGUGUCAAAAGCGAUGCCGAAUAUAAACAAUCAUUUGAAAUUUCCAACGAGAUUACCUUUUUUUCAAUAUUGUUCCCUAAUAUUGGUAUAUGUACGUGAAAUGAUUACAAUCUUUCAAAUAUGACUUAAAUCCUUUGUGCAUGUAUUUAUUUAUUUUAAUAUCUGACUACAAUUUUCAGGAUCUCUAGAUAUGAGGCGGCCCUCUAAUUUAGAUCCGAUAAGUCGUACUAAUUACUGAUUAACAUAGGUAUUAUGAAACUAAAUGAUUCGAAUAAUUUUAUAAACAUGAAAAUGAAAUUAAAUCAAACCGAGCACAAAAUAAUUCUGAAGUAAUUGUUGUAUCAUUUUAGAUAUGUUUUUAUGAUAUUUACCUCUGAGGAAGAACGCAAGGGAAAAUUACGCUAUUGUACCUCUUUCCCUCUGUGUAAAGUGUUUUUAGAAUCAAAAGUUCACAUUA